AUGCCGUUUAAGAGAUACAUGGAGAUUAAGAGGGUAGCUCUUGUCAAUUAUGGAAAAGACUAUGGGAAGCUCGGUGUCUUCGUCAAUGUCAUCGACCAGAACCGAGCUACAAUCGGGAUCCCUGAUGUGGCUAUCCCGAAUGCAGAAUUUCAUCCUUCAGCACCAAUCCCUUCAGUUUACCCUACAACUAAUCUUCCAACUGGGGGAAUAGCUUAUGCAGCAGAGGGAGAAAAUAAAGAGAAAGAGAAUGAAAAGCUGUUAACUAUAGAGGAAAGACUAAGAUCUAUUGAAGGGUUAAAUAUGUAUGGCUCAGUUGAUGUGUCUUCACUGAGAUUAGUACCAGAUGUAGUGGUACUACCAAAAUUCAAAGUUGCGAAAUUUGACAAGUACAGCAGAAACUCUGACCCUUGCAUCCACUUGGCCACCUACAUAGCCAAGAUGUCCGCUCUUACAGAAGAUGACAGACUCUUAGUACACUUUUUUCAUGAAAGCCUCUUAGAAGCAGCCUUGCAUUAG